AUGGAUUCUUCAAAAAGCAUUGCUGCAGUGGAGGAACAUUAUCUUCGCACCACAGGGAAAAAGCUACCGCAUGAACCGAAAACACUGAAACAUCUGACCAGUGUUUUGCCGCCUGUUGAAGUGGACAGUGCUGGCGCCUCAUACAAUCCUCCAAUUUCGAGAGAAGGAACGGUUUCUUCAAAAAGCAUUGUUGCAGUGGAGGAACAUUAUCUUCGUACCACAGGGAAAAAGCUACCGCAUGAACCGAAAACGCUGAAACAUCUGACCAGUGUUUUGCCGCCUGUUGAAGUGGACAGUGCUGGCGCCUCAUACAAUCCUCCAAUUUCGAGUUAUUUGCAUUAUACCGCAGAAAUUGCUGAGGAAGAAGCAAAAAAGAUGAAGGAAGAGGAAAAAAUCGAGCGCAGUUUGGUACUCGCACCAGGCCAAACAUUCAUCACCAAGCAUUAUGCCGCAGAAAUUGCUGAGGAAGAAGCAAAAAAGAUGAAGGAAGAGGAAAAAAUCGAGCGCAGUUUGGUACUCGCACCAGGCCAAACAUUCGUCACCAAGAUAACGCUGUUACUUCUCGAAAUUUUCUGCCCGCGAAUAUUUCUGUUUAAUUAUAUCCAAGCUCAGCUCAUAUCUGGUGAAGGGAUAUACGCAUCAGGGUCACUAACAGCAGCAGCAGCAGUAGCAGUAGCAGCAGCAGUAGCAGCAGUAGCAGUAGCAGUAGCAGCAGUAGCAGCAGCAGUGGCAGCAGUAGGCAGUCCGCCGAGCAGCUUCGCCUAG